GUCUUCAUAGAUGAUUGAGCUGCUACAACAGAGUAUAACUGAUACAUGUGUGGAACAACGAUACACUUUAUGUCUCCAUAUAGCAUCUUUAUACCCAUAAUAUGUUCGCAGCGCCAAUGGAGUCUCACACAUUUGGAAAAUGGGAUUACACAGUGUUUGGUGUCAUGGUGGCCGUCUCAGUGUCUAUUGGCAUAUACCACGCCAUAGUCGGCAGACAUGGUAAACUGGAGGAGUACUUUCUGGCUGGACGAAAACUGACCUUCUUCCCCGUCGCGUUGUCGAUACUGGCGACGUUGACGUCGAACAUUAAAUUGCUUGGGGCAUCAGCAGAGGCUUAUGGUUAUGGCAUCAUGUGGAUUCUCAGUGAAAUAGCGAUCUCCGUGGGAAAACUUCUAGAAAUGUACCUUCUAUUGUCCCUUCUGAAGAGACUGAACAUAUCAAGCCCAUUUCAGUAUAUCCAGGGUCGCUUCAAGUCCAGACUUCUCAGCGUCAUAGUGAUGGGAGCGUCUUGUGUCGAGAAUGUCUUCUACAUGAGCAUAAUCUUGUUUGGGCAGGGCAUAGCAUUACAAACUGUGACAGGGUUCUCUGCCGUGGAGUCAGUCUUGGUGACGUCAGCGGCAACUGUUCUCUACACAGCUAUAGGUGGACUGAAAGCGGUGAUAUGGACAGAUGCUCUCCAGUACAUGAUAAUGUUUGCUGGGAUACUAGCUGUUACAAUAAAGGGAACCAUUGACGUAGGAGUGCAGGAGAUAUGGAGCAGGAUAAUUUCAGGAGGAAGACUUACUUUCAUAUUUGACCUUGACCCGACAAUCCGACAUACCGUGUGGAAUUUAGGAGUUGCCAGAGUGUUUGUUGGAAUGGGUUUACUUUUCCAACCUGCCUAUCUUCAGCGUAUUGCCGCCACGAAGUCCCUCACUGACGCAAGAAGAGCGAUGCUAGUUGCGCUACUCUGCGGUCCUAUAUAUGGUGUCCUUUGCGUCAUCAGUGGACUUGUGGCAUAUGGUUACUAUGACUACAAGAGAUGCGACCCUAUAGCAUCCAAUCAGAUCGACAAUAUUAAUCAGGUAUUACCUUUCAUGACACUCGACAUUUUCCGUAACCUACCCGGAAUGCCAGGACUGUUUCUUGCAGCACUCUACAGUGCGUCUCUCAGUUCACUGUCAUCAGGACUCUCAGCCCUCGCCAAUAUCACAUGGGAGGAUUUUGUAAAACCAUGUGUCCCUGCAAUGUCGGAGUUUAAACAAAUGGCUGUCGCCAAAGCAUCAGUGGUGGCGUGGGGAACUCUAAUUUGUUGCAUGGCGAUAUGUGUGUCAUCCAUCAGAUCAAUCCCCCUACUCCAGAUUUACAGCGCCAAUGCAGUCGUAGCUGGACCAAUAGUCAGUCUAUUCUACCUCGGUGCCAUGUUCCCGUUUGUCAAUACAAGAAGCGCUAUUGCGGCACUGCUCGUUGGGAUCAGCUUCCUGGCGUGGCUGGUGGUCGGUGCCAAUGUUUCCCCGGGGGUGAGGAAGACGCCCCCUCUCCCGCCUGCUCCGACAGAUCACUGCCUGAGUGUCAACCUCACUCUACCAUACACCACGACGACAUCGAACUCAACCAAUGAUGAUCUACGCCAGUAUACUGGGUCAGGUCUCGACGCCUUCUAUAGUCUCUCCUACACUCUGUACUAUGUGUUUGGAUUCCUGAUCGUGCAGGUGGUGGGCGUUGUCCUCAGUCUGGCCACAGGUGGAAACAAGGAUGGAGUUAACCCUCUCUACGUCAGACAAUUUGUUUUCUGGAGGAGUGAACCGGAAGAGGAACAUGUGAUGACUUCAGGAAGGUUUGCCCACACAUUAGAUGCCACGAUGGAAGGACCAAGUGGCUCAACAGAUGGGCAACAAACAGAACCGUUCAUCAGGAAUUGAGUUUAAUCAUUAUUUAAGACCUAGUGGGCAACAUGAAAGAUAUUUCAAAAUGAUUUAUGCAGGUGUGUGUAACACGUAUUCAUGCUUCUCAAUGUAUCUAUAGCUUUCUUUAAUUUCCAUCAGCAAAUUCACUAAUAAAGAAAGAGUUAUGUC